CGUUGGCAGGCCAUCCAACGCUUCUCCGCACGCCAAAUCUCCGACCCGAAAAGUACGCCUCUAAACCAAUGGCGAAUGCUAUCAUCCCCCGACGUGCCACCGAUGACUCUACCGAGCUCAGCGACCGUCAUCCUCGCCACCACACUCUGUCUCUUCCUCGCUACGACAAUCUCUCUCUUCGCUCUCCGAUCCACCUUUUACGUCCUCUCCUUCAUUCGACGGUGUUUAUAUAAGCCACGAACGAAACUGAUCCCUCCGAACUCCGAACGCGUCCUCAUCGUCGGAGGCUCGAGCGGGAUCGGACGCGCUAUAGCUUUGCUCUACGCGCGUCGAGGUGCGAGAGUAUGUAUCACGGGCAGGAGGGAAGAGGAGGCUGUGAGGGUAGGUGAGGAGUGUGCUGCGGUGCAGGUUGUUGAGGGAUUGGAAGGAAGGCAGGAGAGGGUACUGGGGCUCGGGGCGGAUUUCACGGAUCCGAAGCAGAUGGUCGCGUUGAGGGAGACUUUGGAACGAGAAUGGGGAGGCCUGGACACAAUAAUCGUUUCUGCUGGGGUAUCCGCGCUGCAACCGCUCAUGACCCUCGCUGGCGUCGAACCCGGCUCGAACGAGACCUCGGUGCCGAGUGUUGAAGGCGUGGAAAGGGCGUCGAGGAUUGCGUCUGCUGCUGUGGAUGGGAACUACAUAGGUCCAUUGAUCACUGCCGUUACCUUUAUCGCCCUCCUCUCCCAAACCUCCCUCUCGCCCUCAAUCCACCUCAUAUCCUCUCUAGCGUCCUCCAUCCCCGCCCCCACCCGCACGAUCUACGCAUCCACCAAAUCCGCCUCCCUGCAGCUCUACCGCAGUCUCUCCAUCGAACAUCCCGCUAUUGGGUUCAGCUAUACAUUGCCGAGUACUGUGGAGGGUGAUUUUAGGGCUGGUGCGGUCGACGCGUCCCUCGGCCCAUUGCACGAGGACGACCCGAACGCCACCACGAACACGAAGAGUAAAGGCCUGAAGAGGGAGUACGUAGCGAAAAAGGUGGUCGAGAUUGUAGAUGGGAGUGGAAAAGGGGGCUGGGCGCGCGGACAGGCGGUCUUCGUGCCGGCGUGGUAUUGGUGGGUGCAGUUCGUGUAUGCGAUUUGGCCGGGGUUCGUGGAGAGGAGGGCGGCGCGGAAGUAUAAUUUUAGUCCUUCCACUGUCAGUGUGAAGCCGAAGAGUUGAUGUUGAUGUUGGUGAGAGGGUAUAGGCAGUUGGGGGAGGGGGUGGAUUGCUUUAGUUAUAGGUAUUUGUAUUGCUGUAUUUCGGUGGCCUGGUAAA